CUUUCUAUUUAUACAUUAAAAUAAUAAAGAAAAUUACAAAUAACUUUUACUUUCUUUUUAAAUUAAAUAAAAAAAAAUUGUUUAAUUUUAGUAUAAAUAAUUAACAAUUUACCAAGUCAGUGCUCCACCAUUUCCUCUCACCACAAUCUCUUUCUCUCUUUCAUUUGGGUUUUUUUUUUGGUGUGAUUUUAUUCACACACACCAAAAAAAAAAAAAAAGUCAGCGCCGUCCUUUGUAUCCAUUCUUCUCAUAACCCAACUUGAAAUUCAAAUCGGCAAAGAAAACAGUAGAAAAAAAAAAUAGAGAGAGACAUAUAGACAAGAGAAAUCAGUUCUAGUUUAGGCGAGAAUUUCUAGGCAAUUCUAUAAACCCAAAAAACCCCCUAAAAGAUCGGUUGAAAUGGCAGAAGAUUGGGAUCUGUACGCAGUGGUUCGUAGUUGUAAAUCGACCACAACGACGUCGUCUUGGGCUGUUUCAGACUCAGCCUCAGUCACCACCACCACAAUGAUGGACUCAAUGCAAGGUAGUGGCCAAACGACGUCGUCUUCGUCUGUGGACACUUUGUCUUGCUUGGCUUCGUUGACAUUUGAGGAAGAAAACGACCCGUUUUCGUUUCCUAACCUGGUGACUGAGCAGCCUGAGCCCAGAACUACAAACACUUUCGAAGAAUUGCAACAAUUCUACAUACCUUUUAUCUCAAAUAAUAAUAAUAAUAAUUAUCAUAACCCCACCACUAUAACGGGCACCACCACUAAUUUUGCUCAGGGUAUUAUUCCAAAUUCCCCCAUUUCUGAUUUUGGAGGAUCUAGUGGACAACAACACCAGCUGCUACACUACCAAGAACGACAUCAACAACACCACCACCAGCAACAGCAGAAGAAUCAUCAUUUUGGGACUUCAAACGACGUCGUUGUUGGGCCUCGAUUCAUGCCCCGACAACCCUACAUUUCUGGUUAUGGUGGAGUACACCGUGGACGACGACAGUACCAAUUGCAUGAACUAGACCGAAAUCAUCAUCAAGUUCCUGUACUACUGCCUCGAACGCCUGAUCGCCAUCAUCAUCAUCAUCAGGUCAACAACAAGACCACCAUCACCACUCCUACUGUUACUUUACCUUUGGCUCCAUUUCAAUUGCCCACCAUACCCAUGUCUUCGAUGCCCAGAUCGAGGAAAAGGAAGAAUCAACAGAAGAAAACGGUGUGCCAUGUAACGGCUGAUAAUCUCUCCACUGAUGUAUGGGCUUGGCGUAAAUACGGGCAAAAGCCCAUCAAAGGUUCUCCAUUUCCGAGGAACUACUACCGUUGCAGUAGCUCAAAAGGUUGUGCGGCGAGAAAACAAGUUGAGCGAAACAACAACGACCCAGAAUCUUUCAUCAUCACUUACACCGGAGACCACACUCACCCUCGUCCAACUCACCGGAACUCACUCGCCGGAAGUACUCGUAAUAAACUAUCUCCUCCACCAAACGUUACUCCAAUCACAAAAAAUUCUGAUCAGUCUCCGUCGACCACUACCCCGAAACUCUCUCCGGCCCCGCAAAAUGAACAAGACCCAGCUGCGAAGACACUAGUAAUACUACCAGAAGAAAGAGAAAGUGAUGAUCAGAAACAAAGCGAUGUCAUUUCAAUGGAGGAGGAGGAAUUGAUGAUGGAUAUUGAUGCAUUAAAUGAAGAUCAUGAAGACGAAGACGAGGGUGUUCUCAUCCCUAACAUGAGCUUAGCUGAUGAUGACUUUUUCUUGGGCCUUAAGGAAUUUGGAUGCACCACACCUGGUGCUGCAUGCUGAUUUCCGGUAAUAUCGUCGGAGCAACCGUAGCCUAGCGGGUCGUUCCAACCAAUAGGGUCUUUUCUUUUACUUUUUAAUCUUUAGAAAGAGAGGUGGGAUUCUAAGAUUGUAUAGAAAGAUAUAGAAAAAGAAUCUCUUUACUUCUUCCACCCACAUUAACAUUUGGGUUUUUUUUUUUUUCCUAUUUUUAAUUUUAGUUAAACAGAAUAGAAUACAUAUAUUUGGCCUUUUUUUUAAUCAUGUGUAUAGUUUUGAAAAGAGGAAAAAAAAAACUUUGAAUUAAAGAAAAAUCUUUUGAUAUUAUUAUUAGUUUUAGUAAGUUUUAUGGUAUUGGUGGUGAUGAAAUCUCUUCCUCAUGAUGACAGCAGCAUGGAAUAGUGAACAGUCCAAUUUUGACUUCUUUAAUUUUCUAAAUCCUAAAAUAAUAAUAUCUUUUUCAUAAUCACCACCAUUAGAGAUAGUAAAAAUUCCAAGUCAUUAUUUGUAGAGUUUAUAGUGUAGUGUGGGAUAAAAUAUAAAUGAAUAAAAUAAUAACAACACAAGGUGAUUAAUUAGGUGGCACGGCAUUCAUCUCUUAUUUCUUUAUAUAUAUUCAUAAAAAGAUAUGUUUACAUUAUAUAAAUUUUAAUAUUACAUAAAUGUUGUUCUAAUAGUAGUUAAAUCACAUAAUUAUAUAUUAUAAUUAAUGAUGUUUAAAUUAGUAAAUAUU